AUGACUUCUGCAUCGCCCCAGGCAAAGCGCCUCAAGAUGACUGGCCCUCUGAUCGGCACGCACAACGGCCACUUCCACGCCGACGAGGCCUUGGCCGUUUACCUGCUACGCACCUUGCCUACCUACAACUCUAGCCCGCUAGUCCGCACGCGUGACCCCGCUGUCCUCGAGACCUGCCACACUGUCGUCGAUGUCGGUGGUGUCUAUGACCACACUAAGAACCGUUUCGACCACCACCAGCGCGAGUUUGAUGCCUACUUCCCCGGCAGGAGCGCCACGAAGCUCUCGUCAGCAGGCCUGGUGUACAAGCAUUUCGGCAAGGAUAUCAUUGCCCAGCAAACUGGCUUGAGCAUUGACAGCGAGGAUGUCGAGAUCCUCUACCAGAAGCUGUACGAUGGCCUUAUCGAGGCUUUCGACGCCAACGAUACCGGUGUCUCGCCCUACGACAGCAAGGCACUCAAGACUGCAGGCUUGGAGAAGCGUUUUGAGGACCGUGGGUUUAGCAUUGCGUCCGUGGUCAACCGCUACAACUACCACUUCGAGGACGACGCGGGCAAGAGCAAGGAGGAAGUGCAGCACGAAGAGGAUAAGCGUUUCGAGAAGGCAUCGGCCUUUGUUGGCGAGCAGUUUGUGAUGGAACUGACGGACAAGUACCGCAACUGGCUGCCUGCGCGCGCCGCUGUCAAGGCUGCAUUUGAGGAUCGCAAGCAAUACGAUCCUCAGGGCCGCAUCAUGGUGCUGAAGCAGGGCAUGCCAUGGAUGGACCACCUGUACACAUUGGAGGCGGAGAGCAGCACGCCGGUGGAGUCGCAGGUGCUGUACGUCCUCUUCCCCGAGAGCGACGAGCCGGAUAGCAAGUGGAGGAUCCGGGCCGUCUCUGUCGAGGGUGGUGGAUUCGACAACAGAAGGGAUCUGCCCAACGCGUGGAAGGGAGUCCGUGAUGAAAAGUUGGAUGAGGUGUCAGGCAUCCCGGGGUGCGUCUUUGUCCACGCGAGUGGAUUCAUUGGCGGCAACAAGACGUACGAGGGCGCCUUGAAGAUGGCGCAGAAGGCAUUGGAGUUAUAG